CCCGUUGGAAAUUUUAAUGGAAAAAUUUAAAAAGGUGAAAAAUAAGUGAAUGCUUGGUUAAUUGAUGAAAUAGAUUGAACUGUUGUGCCCGAAACACAAACAGAGAAAUGGCACGGAGUCGAAAACUAGACCAUUGUCACAUGAACUUUUUGGGCUAGCCCUAGGACUAGCCGUCAGUCAGCAGUCAACCUGUCUGUGCCUGUGACCCCUAAACGGAAUAAACUCGUAUAUUGUUUGUGGGUGCAAGAGACGAGAGGAGUCUUAGCUGGAGGCGGACUUGAAGCUGGAACUGGUCCAUUGACUGAAAAUUGGAUUGGGAAGCUGCUCAAGCUGUAGUUGCUGUUUGUCGCAUCACGCAUCAUCAUCAUCAAAAGAGCUAUCUCUCUUAAUUGACUUAAUCCACGGAACGCAGCAGCUUGCUGUCGCAUAUUUGGCCAGUGAACGCAUGAAAUGGGUGCACGGCAGCACGUCGAAAGGAUUAGGAUCAUAAGCUCAGUGUAUUAGUGUGAUUCAAGGAGCACAGACGACUAGAACAGACGACUAGCUUUUUGUCUUGAAAGGCGACAAAUUUCGCAGAGAGCGACAAUGAGUCCAGCCAAGGAGCCAGAGGCGCCAUCGAGGGCCAAACCAAAGGCGGCAAGAUGUCGAAAGCGACGGCAGCGCCGGAAACGGCAAAUCGCCUACCUGGCCAUAUGCUUUCUGAGCGUGGCCGUAUUUGGAUUCGCGCUGUCCACGCUGAUAAGGCCAGCGGACGCAGCCACCGGCAAAGAUGGAAAAGAUGAUCCAAACGAAGAGCGCAAUCCCCAGUUGGAAUGGCGAGCGGGCUUCGAGGGUCUUGGCACCACACACGAGCAGAUGGGAGAGUUGCAUUGGGCACCGGUUGAUUACACCGAAUACAGGCCCUCGACAAACCUAACACGCGUAAUCCCAUCACAAUCGACUGCCAUGAAUCCAAUUUUUAACUUUACGCACUUUUUAUACGAUCACUUAGUCACCGAUGAGCCGGCCCUGCCCCCGGGCUACAUUGUGAUGCAAGGCGACUCUCUGGCACUUGGUCCCAAGUUUCAGAAUGCCGACUUUCGAGAUCUCAUAUCCCGCUAUUGGCUGGUUCUCCUUUGGAUACUCUUCCUCGUCAUCAUCAUUGUGGUCAUGCCGUUCUUAGCCGUUGGCUAUUGCUGCUUCUGUUGCUGUCGCCGGUGCCGGCAAGGCUGUCCUCCAUGUACCAGUAAGGCGGAUGCCACACGGCGGUUAUGGUGCGGCGUUUGUCUUCUUAUCCUCAUAGUAGGACUGAUCUUUGGCAUUGUUAUUGCCUUUGUGACAAACAGGCUGCUGGACAGGGGCUUUGAGGAGGCCACCGUGACAAUGCAACGCGGAACCGAAGACAUUUGCCUGUUCCUGAAGGACGUGGCCGAUCAUGUUCAUCACCUGAUGGUGUAUAACUACGAGGAAAUGCAAACGCACAUUACCGACGAACUAAGCCAUGCCCAUAAACAUAUAUUUUUGGACUUGGCGGAUACAUCGGAGAGCACGUCUUUGGGCGAGCUGGAGCGUAUAUUACACAACGUACCGGAGGCGGCCAGACUGAUGAAGCAAGUCGCCAAAAUGGAAACGGAUUUGCGCUUCUAUGGCGCCCAAUUGCGGGACGGUCUUCGUGGCAUGAAGCGUGAUAUAAAUUUUGCAGUUGCCAAUCUGUGCACCACGCAAGAAUGCCAGACAUUCCUUAGUACCAGCAGCAUUGAGACGAUUGACACCUCCAAGUGUCUUCACUUUGAUACGAUGCCCAAUGCCUCCAAAUAUAUGGAAGGACUGGACUUUGUUGUUAAGAAGAACUACGUCAAAAUACCGACGGAUGCACUCACACGCUUGGAGAAGGUCAGCCUGCAGGUUAAGGAACAGUUGAGCAUUGUUACGCCAGGUAUGAUACGGGACCUAAACGGCGGUAAGGAUACCUUCAGAAAGCAAGCGAGGCACAUACGCAAUCAAGUGGAUGCCGUACUCAGUGAGAUUCACGCGAAGACCUCACACUCGUCCAGGUCCUUUGAUGAUGUAUACGAUAAGUUUGGCAAAAAUCGCAGCGUUAUAAGCAUCAUUGUUUGCAUGAUCAUGAUAAUGAUUCUAUCCAUAUUGAUUGUAUCAUUGCUGUGUGGCUGCUUCGGAAGACGAAAGACUGGCUAUCGCGAUGACUGCUGCAGCAAGGCAACGGCUGCCAACUGUCUGUUUCUGGCCAUUUUAUUGAUAUUCUGCAUGAUAUCGUUCCUCACGCUCAUGGGUUUGGUAUACUUCGUGGUCGGUCUGGUCACUUACCAGGGAGCCUGUGCACCGCUCCGAGAUGUGGAUAAGAACGGGUUGUUCAGGCAGCUGGACUCUAUGAUUGAUUUGAAUCGCUAUUUGCCCCGAGCUGAUGAAGACGCUAGUAAAGCAGUCCCACCACUUCGCAUAUCGAAUGCGCUUAAGAUGUGUGAGGCCAAUCAGUCUGUGUUCGAUAUGUUGCGUGUAAACAAAAUUUACGACAUCAACGAUAUAACGCGCAUUAAGGUGAUGUCUUCGACUCACGGCGAUCCAGAGGGAUCCAAAGUAUUCAACGAGGAUCUGUCUAAAGUGAAGCUCCUAACAGACGACGACCUCAAGAACCUGAAGUCAAUCAGUGAUGGCGGUGCAGGCGCGUAUCACAGCGAGCUGUUUAAAGAUCUGUGUAGUGAGCUCACUCCGGUUAAUCUGAACGCACUUGGUGAGAAAUUGUACGCGCUGUCAAACAGCUUGGAGUCGCCGACGUUUGGCUGGGCCCGCGUAUCUUUCUGGAAUGAAGGACUCAAUGCCAAGUCGUACUAUCAGAACUAUGUGCCCAAGCUAACGAGCAUGAUCAACAAGAUGAAAACCAACCUGAAGAUGAUCGACGAGCUGAUCCUAUAUCAGAAUCUGGACUUUAACGCGACCAUAAAUACGCUUGUCAAUACCGUAAAGAAGUCACAAACGUUCAUCCAGACGCAAGGAAAGAAAUUUAUCAAUGAACUGGGAAAGAACCUGACCGCCACCAUUGAGGAGAUGAUCACGGAGUACAUCACCAUGGUCAUCAACGAGUCCAAUGAGAAUGUCGGGCGUUGUGAGCCUCUUGCCUACAUUUAUCAUCAAGGCGUUGACAUGGUUUGUCACAGCAUUGUCGAUCCCAUAAACGGAUUCUGGGUGGGUGUGCUACUCUGUGCACUGCUCUGCCUGCCCAUCCUGUAUGUUUCUCACCGUCUGAUGUGCCUGUACAAGAAGAUCUAUCCAUAUAUGGCUGCUGUCGCCAGCCAUGUGGACACUGUUUAUGAGGGCGGCAGCGAAUCCCUAUACGACGCUUAUAGCGAGCGCGGGCGUGAACACGUUCCAUUGGCUAACGUGCCAAAGAAACGGCGUAAGGCUUACGAAAGACGUCGCGAACAGCAAGAAUACUAUGAGGACGCAUCGCCUAGUGUGUCGCGUGGCCCUCGUUCUGGUGCUGGUGGUGGAGGUGCCGUCGGUGGCGGCGGCGGUGGAGGCGAUGGAGCUCCUGGUAGCAGUAGCAUGAGGUACAACGAUAUGGCGCCCACGCACUGGGACCACGAACCGCCCCGCUAUCACAACCCACCAGCUGCUCCUCCAUCCUCUGAAUACGAACGCCCACCGCCAUACUACUAUCCGGGCGCCUCCGAGCAGGACUAGGCGUGGCAGCAGAUGGAAGGAGAAGAAAAUACAUGGCGACGCCACAAGGUGUGAAUGCAGAGUUUUGGUCGGGACAGCCUUAAAGAAGUGGCGGCAACAUGCAAAAUUUUUAAUUGAUUUGAAGAACUUCUUCGCUCUUUCCUCUCCCCUUCCCCACGUUACUGAGACUGUCAUUUUAGUUACCAAUUUGAAACAAAAACAAAACAAAGCAAAUAAGUGAAAUUAUAUAAUUUGAUUAAGGAUUAUUGUAUUAAAGUAGCAUCUCAUGUGUUAUAGUUUUGGCCCCGCCCGACCAGUUGAGACCAGAGAGACAGAGGGCCAAGGCAAAAUGAAAAUCGUUUAGAAGAGUAGAAUGUGUUAGCAGAGUACUUUGAAAAUGUGGCCAAAGUGAAGAUCUGGAAGAGAUCUGGAAGUUAGCCGAAUUCGAUGAUGAUUGUCACAGUCGAAGCAUUUAAUCUCGCCCAGAGCAGCAGGCAGCCUGAAUCUUGUGCCUGGCUGCGAGGCUGGCAGAGUGUUUUAAGGAAUCUCAUAAUUUUACUAUGCACACUGAGAGAGGCCGGCAAGAGAUAC